CGAGUGGGAGACACGAUGCUUUCGGCAGCGCAGCUCUUGGAUGAGCUGAUGGGAAGGGACCGCAAUUUGGCCCCGGACGAGAAGCGGACAAACGUGCACUGGGACCAUGAGAGCGUGUGCAAAUACUACCUUUGUGAAUUUUGCCCAGCAGAAUUGUUCACCAAUACACGUUCAGAUUUGGGUCCGUGUGAAAAGAUUCAUGAUGAAAAUCUACGAAAACAGUAUGAGAAGAGCUCCCGGUACAUGAAGUGUGGAUACGAAAAGGACUUUUUGCGCUAUUUGCAAAGCUUACUGGCUGAAGUGGAACGUCGGAUACGUAGAGGCCAUGCACGGCUGGCUCUUUCACAGUCUCAGCAGGCUUCUGGCUCUGUUGGCCCAGCUGGAAAAAAUGAAGAGAAGAUUCAAGUGUUAACAGAUAAAAUUGAUGGCUUAUUGCAACAGAUUGAGGAACUGGGUUCUGAAGGAAAGGUAGAGGAAGCUCAAGGGAUGAUGAAGCUUGUUGAACAACUGAAAGAAGAGCGGGAACUGCUGAAAUCUACAACAUCUACAAUUGAAAGUUUUGCAGCUCAGGAGAAACAAAUGGAAGUCUGUGAAGUUUGUGGUGCCUUUUUAAUUGUUGGAGAUGCUCAGUCUAGAGUAGACGAUCACCUUAUGGGAAAACAACACAUGGGCUAUGCCAAAAUUAAGAGUACAGUAGAAGAAUUAAAGGAAAAAUUGAGAAAAAAAUCUUCAGACCCAGAUCGAGAAGAGCGUUCUAAGAGAGAGCGAGAUGAUAAAGAACGCGAGAAGGAGAAGGAAAAGGAAAAGGAGCGAGAAGAGAGAGAGAAAAAAAGACGGCGAGAGGAGGAAGCUAAAGAAAAGGAGAGAAAUCGCGAGAGGGAGAAGCGCAAGAGAAGCCGCUCCGGUAGCAGAAAUUCAAGCAGAACAUCAGACAGACGUGGAAGCAGAUCCCGUGACCAUAAGAGGUCAAGGAGCAGAGACCGGAAGAGAAGCAGGAGCAGAGAGCGCCAAAGAAGCCAAAGCCACAACAGAACAGAAAGAAAGCACAGAUCACGAAGCCGGGAAAAGAGGAGGUCUAAAAGCAGAGAACGUAAAUCUUACAAACACAAAUCUAGAAGCAGGGAAAGAGACCGCGACAGAAAAUCUAAAGAAAAAGAAAAACGAAGCUCAGAUGACAAAAAAAGCAGAGAAUCCAGCAGUCGAGAAAAACAGAGUGACUCUAGAAAAACUGAAUCGAGGGAGUCGGUUAUACAGGUUGAGGUCAAUGGGGCGAACGAAGGCAAUAAAUCUGAAGGUGACACUCAGUCCAAUUAAAACUGAUCUGAUUUGACCUCUGAUCAGGCAGAGGGCUGCACUACAGAUACCAGAGAGCCGCCUGCCCAAGUCGUCUUAACCGAAGACCUUCUUUAAAUGAGGUGACAGAAAGCUGUUAUGAAAAUUAAAGCUGUUAGCGUUGCAUUUAAACAGUUGGGUUCCAAACCGUUGUAAUGUUUAUAGUGAAUUAGUGCAUAUGUCCUUCCAACAUCAGUCCUGUUGCAAGCACACAGGCUAGUCUCUAAUUGACAUAGACACCUGGUUUGCACAUUGUUCCAAAAUAAUUUUUAUUUUUUUUGGACUCGGAAACAAAAAGUGAUUGUUUUGUGAACCACGUUAAGUUUAUCUUUCACAAGUAGACCUAGAUCCUCAGCUAUAAAUAAAGCAUCUUAUUUCUGUUGUAAAUGUGCUUCCUUGUCAUUUAAAAGCCUUGAUAUAAAUCGCUUUUUUUUUUUCCCAAAUAAACUUGCAUUGACAAGUUUUGAACUGUGUCUUCAAUAAAGCAUUUUAUUUAUAUUUUGCUUAUAAAA